CUUCCAGGCUCUUCCACCGCCACCGCGACUAAACCAAACCAAACCCCUCCGAGGCGCGAGAGCCAGGCAAAACCCUAGCGAAGGGGAGGGAACCGCCAUCGCCACCGGCACCUCCGGCCGUGCCACGCGCGGCGGGAGCGACGGCCAUGGACGCGAUCCGGAAGCAGCUCGACCAGCUCAUGGGCGCCAACCGCAACGGCGACGUGCGGGAGGUCAGCCGCAAGUACUACGACCGCGACGUCUGCCGCCUCUUCCUCGCGGGACUCUGCCCCCACGACCUGUUCCAGCUCACCAAGAUGGACAUGGGGCCGUGCCCCAAGCUGCACUCGCUGCAGCUGCGUAAGGAAUAUGAAGAAGCCAAGGCCAAAGGUAUGGACAAUUAUGACCGUGAAUUGGAAGAAACUAUAGAAAGACUAAUAUCUGAGUGUGAAAGGAAGAUUCAAAGAGCCCUUAAGCGCCUAGAGGAUGAUGAUGCCAAGGCAGCUAUAGCAAUUUCUGUCACUGAAGUCACACAGAGUAAAGAAGUGCUUGAGUUCUCCAAACAAAUUAAGGAGAAGAUGAAGGAGAUUGAUGCUUUUGAUCUUGAGGGAAACACUGAAGGCAAAAUUCGCGCUACUGAAGAGGUUGACAAGCUAAAGGAACAGAGGGCGGAAGAGCAGGCAAAGCUUCUACUUGAAGCCUUUAAUAAGGACCGUGUCUCAUUAAUGACUUCUCUCCAAACUGCUAAUCAAUCAACUGCACCUGCUGCUGCUCCAGAUGCACGCACACAAGAAAUGAUUGCUGAAAAACUCAAAAAGGCAGAAGAACUAGGUGAGAAUGGAAUGAUCGAUGAAGCUCAAAAACUGUUGGAUGAAGCAGAAGCUCUGAAGAAGCUUGGUGCUCGGCCACAGCCAGUUCCAGAUUCUGCAAAGAUGUCAACUCACGUUCAGAUUACAGAUCAAAAGUUGCGCCUGUGUGAUAUAUGUGGGGCAUUCUUGAGCAUGUAUGACAGUGACCGGCGUUUGGCAGAUCAUUUUGGAGGGAAACUUCAUAUGGGUUAUAUGCUGAUACGUGAGAAGUUGCCUGAACUGCAAGAAGAGAAAAACAAAAGGCGCAAGAUGGACCGAGCUGAAUAUGACAGAAGUAGGUCCAGGGAAAGGAGCCUAGAACGUGACAGAGCAUCUAGCAAGGAUCGCCAUAGAGGAGACCGAGAGAGCAGCCGUGACAGGGAUUAUGGCCAUAGGAGAAGCCAUGAUCGAUACCAUGACAGAGAAAGUAGGCCGGGCAAGGACAGAGAAUCAGGGAGAUCCCGUAGUUAUGAUUCAAGGGGCCAUCGAAGGUCACGAUCCCCUAGGGACAGUUCUAGAGACUAUGACCAAUAUGGGCGUGAUGACCGUCGGCAUCGGCGCUAGACACAGGGCUGAGGGUUUUAACAUGCACUGGAUCCUUUGGUGUUCCAGUUCAGAAGUUCAUAUGGGAUAAAAUGCCAUUGCGGGCGACUAGCUUUGUGACCGGACGAAUAUGCUUCUUUCCUGUAUAUCGAUCUGCGCUGUCACUAAUGAACAUGUACUGCUGUAAUAGCUACAUUAAGUUAGGACUCCAGUUGAGGUUGAUCAUGUACAAGCUCCUACUGUUCUAAACUUGUGGUAUGUCUCAGUUCAUCCCAAUUUAAAUUUAUGUUAUCAUUUCCUUGAGAA